AUGGGCUCGGGGCGCGUGCCCGGGCUCUGCCUGCUCGUCCUGCUGGUCCACGCCCGCGCCGCGCAGCACAGCAAAGCCGCGCAAGAUGUGGAUGAAUGUGUGGAGGGGACUGACAACUGCCACAUCGAUGCGAUCUGCCAGAACACCCCACGGUCCUACAAGUGCAUCUGCAAGUCUGGCUACACAGGGGAUGGUAAACACUGCAAAGAUGUGGAUGAGUGUGAACGAGAAGAUAAUGCAGGUUGUGUGCACGACUGUGUCAACAUCCCUGGCAAUUACCGAUGCACCUGCUAUGAUGGAUUCCACCUGGCACAUGACGGACACAACUGUCUGGAUGUGGACGAGUGUGCCGAGGGCAAUGGUGGCUGUCAGCAGAGCUGUGUCAACAUGAUGGGCAGCUAUGAGUGCCACUGCCGGGAGGGCUUCUUCCUCAGCGACAACCAGCACACCUGCAUCCAGCGGCCGGAAGAAGGAAUGAAUUGCAUGAACAAGAACCACGGUUGUGCUCACAUUUGCCGGGAGACACCCAAAGGGGGUAUUGCCUGUGAAUGCCGCCCUGGCUUCGAGCUCACCAAGAACCAACGGGACUGUAAACUGACGUGCAACUACGGUAAUGGCGGCUGCCAGCACACGUGCGAUGACACAGAGCAGGGUCCCCGGUGCGGCUGCCAUGUCAAGUUCGUGCUCCAUACCGACGGGAAGACGUGCAUCGAGACCUGUGCGGUCAACAACGGGGGCUGUGACAGUAAGUGCCACGAUGCAGCCACGGGCGUCCACUGCAGCUGCCCCGUGGGCUUCAUGCUGCAGCCAGACAGGAAGACCUGCAAAGACAUAGACGAGUGCCGCUUGAACAAUGGAGGCUGUGACCACAUUUGCCGCAACACAGUGGGCAGCUUUGAAUGCAGCUGCAAGAAGGGCUAUAAGCUUCUCAUCAAUGAGAGGAACUGCCAGGAUAUAGACGAGUGUUCUUUUGAUCGAACCUGUGACCACAUAUGUGUCAACACACCAGGAAGUUUCCAGUGCCUCUGCCAUCAUGGCUACCUGCUGUAUGGUGUCACCCACUGUGGGGAUGUGGAUGAGUGCAGCAUCAACCGCGGAGGUUGCCGAUUCGGCUGCAUCAACACUCCGGGCAGCUACCAGUGUACCUGUCCCGCCGGCCAGGGCCGGCUGCACUGGAACGGCAAAGAUUGCACAGAGCCGGUAAAAUGUCAAAGCAGUCCUGGUGCCUCGAAAGCCAUGCUCAGCUGCAACCGGUCUGGCAAGAAGGACACCUGUGCCCUGACCUGCCCCUCCCGGGCCCGGUUUUCGCCAGAGUCUGAGAAUGGCUUCACGGUGAGCUGUGGCACCCCCAGCCCCAGGGCCACUCCAGCCCGAGCUGGCCACACCGGGAACAGCACAAACUCCAACCACUGCCAUGAGGCUGCAGUGCUGUCGGUUAAACAGCGGGCCUCCUUCAAGAUCAAGGAUGCCAAGUGCCGCCUGCACCUACGAAACAAAGGCAAAAUGGAGGAGGCCAGCAGGAUCCUGGGGCAAGGUGGUGCCCCCUGCUCUGACUGCCAGGUCACCUUCAUCCACCUCAAGUGUGACUCCUCUCGGAAGGGCAAGGGCCGGCGGGCCCGGACCCCUCCAGGCAAGGAGGUCACUCGGCUCACCCUGGAACUGGAGGCAGAGGUCAGAGCCGAAGAAACCACAGCUACCUGUGGACUCCCCUGCCUCCGACAGCGAAUGGAACGGCGGCUGAAAGGGUCCCUGAAGAUGCUUAGAAAGUCCAUCAACCAGGACCGCUUCCUGCUGCGCCUGGCAGGCCUUGAUUAUGAACUGGCCCACAGGCCGGGCCCAGGAGCUGGGGAGCGAGCAGAGCUGGUGGAGACCUGUAGGCCUGGGCAGCACCGCGCUGGGGCUAAGUGUGUCAGCUGCCCGCAGGGAACGUAUUACCACGGCCAGAUGGAGCAGUGUGUGCCAUGCCCAGCGGGCACCUUCCAGGAGAGAGAAGGGCAGCUCUCCUGCGACCUUUGCCCUGGGAGUGAUGCCCACGGGCCUCUCGGAGCCACCAACAUCACCACAUGUGCAGGUCAGUGCUCACCUGGCCAGUACUCUGUAGACGGGUUCAAGCCCUGCCAGCCAUGUCCACGGGGCACCUACCAACCUGAAGCAGGACGGACCUUGUGCUUCCCAUGUGGUGGGGGCCUCACCACCAAGCAUGAGGGGGCCAUCUCCUUCCAAGACUGUGACACCAAAGUCCAGUGCUCCCCUGGUCACUACUACAACACCAGCAUCCAUCGCUGUAUCCGCUGUGCCAUGGGCUCCUAUCAGCCCGACUUCCGUCAGAACUUCUGCACCCGCUGUCCAGGAAACACGAGCACUGACUUUGAUGGCUCCACCAGCGUGGCCCAGUGCAAGAAUCGCCAGUGUGGUGGGGAGCUGGGUGAGUUCACUGGCUACAUCGAGUCCCCCAACUACCCGGGCAACUACCCAGCUGGCGUGGAGUGCAUCUGGAACAUCAACCCCCCACCCAAGCGCAAGAUCCUUAUCGUGGUACCCGAGAUCUUCCUGCCAUCUGAGGAUGAGUGUGGAGACGUCCUCGUCAUGAGAAAGAACUCCUCCCCAUCCUCCAUCACUACCUAUGAGACCUGCCAGACCUACGAGCGGCCCAUUGCUUUCACGGCCCGCUCCAGGAAGCUCUGGAUCAACUUUAAGACAAGCGAGGCCAACAGCGCUCGUGGCUUCCAGAUCCCCUAUGUUACCUAUGAUGAGGACUAUGAGCAGCUAGUAGAAGACAUUGUUCGAGAUGGCCGGCUCUAUGCGUCUGAAAACCACCAGGAGAUUUUAAAGGACAAGAAGCUCAUCAAGGCCUUCUUUGAGGUGCUGGCCCACCCCCAGAACUACUUCAAGUACACAGAGAAGCACAAGGAGAUGCUGCCAAAAUCCUUCAUCAAGCUACUCCGCUCCAAAGUUUCCAGCUUCCUGAGGCCCUACAAAUAGUGCCCCUAAGCCCAAGACCCAGGUUUUAAAGCCCCCAAACUCCUUAGCCCUCAGAGCCGGCAGCCCCCACCCCCAGAUGAGGAACUCUUUCCUCUCUUUCUUUUUGGAGGAAAAAAAAAAUCACUAUAGACAAAGCACUCUUUCUUUCUGUCUCUCUAGCUUCCUUUCCUGUCUCUGCCUCUCUCUUUCUCCCUCUCUCUUACUGUGGUCUCCUUUCCUACAGGCUACCUGGAAAAGCCAUUUAAGCGCUGGCUCUGUUUCCCCUGAGGGGUAAAAGAACAGUGUCCCCUUCCCCUUCCCGGCCACACUGCCCAUUUUACUAGCUCACAUCCUUGGCCUCCAUCAGCUUGGGAGGGUGCUAGAGGCCCAUGAAAGAAGUGGGGAAUGGGGCGGGGGAAGAAGGGCUUCUGCCAUUUUAGGGUUGUGCCUUGCUAGUCAGGAGCCAAACGUCCCCUGGCUGUGCCCCCCAGGGUGAUUCUAACAACCCAGGGUUCUGCCAAAGAAGCCUUUGACUUACAGGCUUAAUGCCAGCACUGGUCCUCUGGGGCACGUGGUUCGAGCCCUGGACUGUCCACUCAGCUGGCUUUCUUGUCUAUAUAGCUUCUCUCCUUCUUCCCCCACGUCUGCUUGGGGUCCAAUCCAUGAGGGCUUACAAAAGGCCCAUAGCACUGGGCUAGUGGACAGCAGCUGAAUGAGGAAGAGCAGCAGGCAUUACCAUGUUGAAUGUGCCGCUGUCACCCCCCAACAGAAAGACUAUAGCUCUGCAGGACAGAAACCAGGUUUUAAAGCAUCACCAAAAAAAAAAAAAAAA